CCCUGCAGGCCUGAGGGAGCCCCAGCCAAUUGCUUUCAGCUCCUCAGCUGGCUGCCUACCUCCUGCGGCUUAUGGGGCACUGUCUAACCCAGCUCUUCUGAGAUGCUCCUGGCUCCUCCCUCCACCCCGUCCAGGGGACGGACCCCCAGCGCCGUGGAGAGACUGGAGGCCGACAAAGCCAAGUAUGUCAAGACGCAUCAAGUGAUAGUGCGGCGCCAGGAGCCAGCCCUGCUUGGGGCACUCGGGCCGCUCACCCCGCACCCCUGCAAUGAGCUGGGGUCCCCUGCAUCGCCCAGGACGCCCGGACCCGCCCGCCGGGGCAGUGGCAGGCGGCUGCCAAGGCCUGACUCUCUCAUCUUUUACCGCCAGAAGCGAGACUGCAAGGCCUCGGUGAACAAAGAGAACGCCAAGGGCCAGGGACUGGUGAGACGCCUCUUCCCGGGCGCCCCCCGGGACGCCACCUCCAGCAGCCCAGGCCCAGCGGAGCGACCCGCGGCUCCUGGGGGUUGGGCCGCGACCCCAGAUGCGCCGGAAGCGACAGGAAAGCGGGCGCUGUGCCCCACGUGCUCGCUGCCCCUGUCGGAGAAGGAACGCUUCUUCAACUACUGCGGCCUGGAGCGCGCGCUGGUGGAGGUGCUCGGCGCUGAGCGCUUCUCUCCGCAGAGCUGGGGCGCCGACGCCAGUCCCCAGCCCGGAACGCCGCCGCCGCCCGGCUCCGGGGACACCAGCGACUGGACGUCCAGCGACAGCGGCGCAGACGGCCCAGACGGUGAGGCCGGCGGCGGCGGCGGCGGCGCGGAGGUGGCGGGCUCGGCGCGGGACGGGCGCCCCCCUGUGUCGGUGGUGGAGCGCAACGCGCGCGUCAUCCAGUGGCUGUACGGCUGCCAGCGCGCCCGAGGCCCGCCGCGCGAGUCGGAGGUGUGA